CAGCACUUUAUUACAUCGUAUCCCAAUCCUUUGUCCUGGUGAGCCUUGGAGGAUUUGAAAUAACACCACCAGCAACAUUCCGCCUCAAGACUGGCUCUGGACCCGUCUUCAUCAGCGGUCAACAUUUUGUUAGUAUGAAAGAGUCAGAAGAUGAAAAUGAGGAUGAAGAAGAGGAGAACAACACAUCACCUGUAAAAAGACCCUCCAGUUUAACGAUGGGAUUUCAUAAUGUGAAGAAGAAACUCAAAAUGGAAACCGAAGAAGAGGAAGAUGAUGAGGAUGAGGAUGAUGAUGAAGAUGAUGAUGACGAGGAGGAGGAGGAAGAAACGCCUGUGAAGACUCCGCAGAAAAACUCAGCAAUCAAGACAACACAGAAAAAUGUAAAGGGGAGUCCAGAGAAGGCCCAGGCCCAGCCAAAAAGUGCUUCCAAACAGAACGGAUCAUCUGGAAAAAAGGGACUUCCGCCAGCCAAGCCUCAGACGAAGAGUCCAGGUGGAAACAAAGAAACAUCUCCAGGAAAUGUACAAGACAUCAAGGCCAAAUUAUCGACUUUAUAUGUUGAAAAGAAAAUGUCCCUACCAAAGACAGAACAGAAAUUUGAAAACUAUGCAAGAAGUUCAUUAAAGAUCACUGAUAAGGAAGUAAUAAAGGAGCUUUGGGAGUUUGUACAGACAUUUAAAACAGGAGGAAAAUAAGACUGUAUCCUAGACACUGAUAUAAUUGUCAUUAUAAUGCCCCUUUUGAUCAUCCUUCCUGUUCAUUGCACUGAUGUGGAGUUAUCCGAGCUCUGAACGUUUAUGCUUCUUUGUAUGAGUAUGUUUAUGUUAACUAUUGUUUUUGGAAUACCUGCAAAAUCCACACAUCAGUUAUUUCGUAAUCAAAAACAAUAAACAGUUGAACCUGUUUUCUUUACUGUUUAGUUCAAGAGUACAACAGAAAUCCAGAAGUGCAGUCUGUUUAUGUAACACAUUUUUUUUUACAGAAACUUCUUAGACCAGAACUUUGCUUUGCGGUUAACAAACAGAAUCGCCUUUUUAAGUUGUAUUCUGAUCCGUCAAACUGUUGUUUAGAGAGUAUUACCAUAUUGUGAUGCUGGGAUUUUGUGUAUUUCCACAGACCAAGUUGUGCAGAAUGAAAAGUUUCCACAGUGUACAUUGAUAUUAGCUUCUGUGCAUAGAAUGGUACAAUCUUCAUAUUGUGUAAUAAUAGUACGUCCUUUAAUUAUGGAGAAUGUAGUUAAUGAGGUGCCGUCCUUUUUACUUCUUGUAAUCCCCCAGUAAUCAUUUAAAUGCCAGAGGUGCUCAGCAUCAUUACAGUCAUGCAAGCCCACACAUUUGUUUCCCAAGAUUGCCGCUGUAUUAGUAUCAGAUACUUUUUGCUUAAUUCUGUUAGGUUCAUUUUAUUUCAUUUUAAAUUUAUCUUAAGUUCAUCUAUCAGUGUAUUAAGAUGAUCUAUUACUAAGAUUAGGAACAAGUAAGAGGUUUAUUCCCUAC